AUGGGUCUUGAGAGUGUAAUCAUUAUGUUGGUUUCCAUCUUGUUGAUAGUUUCAGUUGCCUAUGGAACUGAAUGGUCUGCAGAUGCAUCAUGUAGUACUCUUCUGUGUCAAUACUAUCAAAAAUGUAUUGAAAUCAAUGGAGUUGCUCAGUGUAUUGACCAAACUAGCUAUGUCCCAUAUAUCAGUCCAUGUAUAAGAUACUCUAUUAGUUGUACCGACAAUAAACCAGGUACCUUCUGUCAAACUAACGCCAACCAUGUUACUAACUGUACAACCACCCCAAUUACAUCGUCCAACCCAUGUGACAGAGUACUGUGCCAGACCGACAUGAAGUGUAUCGUUCAAAACGGUUCACCAGUCUGUAUCAAAUCAAGUCCCCCAGUCGAUGCAUGCACUGGUUUCACAUGUCUCGGUGGUUUGCAAUGUAAAGUCAUCAACAACGUCCCAACUUGCGUGCCAGUCACACCACCAAUCGACCAAUGUACCAACUACCCUUGUAAUGACGGAUUCCGUUGCGUCGUCAUCAACAACGUUCCCACUUGCAUUCCAAACUCUGGUAGUCCAACCUGCAACGGACAGGUUUGUGCCCCCGGAACUCUGUGUGCUGACGUCAACGGACUCUUCUCGUGUGUACCAUACCAAAUUGUCUCUGGUCUUCAACCAAUUCCAACCAGCUGCAGUGCCACCUCCUGUAAGAUUGGAUACAAGUGUGUAUUGGUCAACUCCAUUCCAACCUGUGUUAAGAUCAACGGUCCCUCAGGUCCAAUAUGUGGAUUACAACAUUGCGAGCUCGACGAAUUCUGUAUCUCAAUCAACGGUCAUCCACAGUGUAUCUCCAACUCGACCGGUCCACUCGAUAAAUGUCCAACUGUAGUGUGUCUCGACGGUUUCAGCUGUAUCGCUAUCAACAAUGUACCAACAUGUGUUCCACAAGAUCAACUUACCUUGUGCGGCGAUAGGAUUUGUCCAUUCGAUAAGAUCUGUGCCAAUUUCAAUGGUAACCGUACCUGUAUCAAGCUAUCGGAUUUGAUUAAUCCACCAACCACCGGUGCCACCUGCGGUAUCUCCAGAUGUCAAGUCGGAUUCAAAUGUGUCUUGGUAAACAGCAUUCCAACCUGUGUUGCUGAGUCUCCAGCAUCCUGUGGAAACCAAGUAUGCGAUCCAGUCCGUGAAGUCUGUGCCAACUUUAAUGGUAAACAUAUUUGUAUACCACGUACCACCAUUACCUCUGGACACAUUACCUCUGGACACAUUACCUCUGGACACAUCACCUCUGGACACAUCUCUUCUGGACCAAUCACCUCUGGACCAAUCACUGGUUCUGGAACUCUAGGUGGUGUCAGCGUCACUCAAUGUGGAAACCAAAAAUGUCUCUUUGGAUUCCAAUGCCUCUCUCUCAAUGGAGUUCCAACUUGUGUGCCACCAUCUCAAGCAACCGAUCCUCUUUGUGGAGGUAGAUUAUGUCCAGUCGGCCAAAUCUGUCUAAACAUCAAUAAUAUCAAGCGUUGUGCACCAUUCAAGGCACUGUUAACCAAGCAAGAUUAA